AUGACCACACCUGAAGAUAGUAAAGGAAAACUAGAAAAUGGUGAAACGAAUAACUUUAAUAAGUGUACUGCUCUUAGUAAAUGGCGAAAAGAACAACAGGGACGACAUUUGAAGUUAGAACUGGCACGUAAAUCAAGGUCAUCACGCAAAAAUUCGGACUCAAUACCCAUACCUCAUCCAACAUCGCCAGAAAAUGGAGAAGUUAGUGCCGUAAGUAAUUUGAAACUUAAUUUAAAUGGUUUCUUAAGUUCAAAGCAAAAUGAAGAACACAUUAUCGCCAAAGAAACAGAUGGCUUCAAAGAGAAAAGCGCGGUUAUCAGACGAUGGAGCACGAAUUCUCAACAAAAUAAGCAAGGAGAGUGAUAAUCCGCCUUUGUUAUCAAAACGAAAGAUUACCCAAGCUUGUAAACAAUUGGAAAGUGUGAUCAAUUACGAAGUUUAUGGAAAUUUCAGCUUUAGAAUGCAGAACGUUCACUCAUUUCUUGAAGAAAGGAUGCGUCGUGCCAAUAUUGAGGAUAAGAACUUAGUGUGGUAUUUGGAUAAAGGACGAGGACGAGUGGUGUCUACUGUUGGCUUAGUGGGAAGUUCAACAACUCAGUCACACUACAACAAGACAAUUUUGCAGAAAUGGAAAGGAAGUGACCACUAUGAUGCUCUUGCUUAUCAUGAUGUCGGAAAAUUCUACAAAGAACUGAGCAUGGAUAACUACAAGAUUUACGUUGAAGGCGACUACUCUUUUUUGGCAACCAUAAAUGGAUUAAGUUGUGGAAUGGCCUAUCCUUGCACAUGGUGCUCAAAGAAGUUCAUAAAGAAGUCGAACAGCGAAGAAUCCAUCGACCUUGAAGUUUAUGAAUCCAGAUCCGACAAAAGAGUAGAAGAAGCGAUUGCAAAAGACAAAAAACUAAAGAAGAGGAAAGAGAAGAUUAUUGAGAUACCUGAAGAAAUGAUUGUACCUCCAAUUCUUCACAGUAAGAUUAAAAUUGGAAAUUUAUUGUUUAAUAAAUUAUGUGAAGCAGCUGAUGACCAAGAGCGCUUUAAUGUAGUUCUGAAGCAAUGCCAGCUAGACGUUGAUCGCCAUGAGGAGAAGAUCAUUUACACCCGCUUUCACGGAAACGAUAUCAAGAGGAUGUGCACUUCAAUUGAUGCAUUAUCAAGUGAGUUAUUCAUAUUAUUGAUUAUAAUGAACUUUUUAGAAGUUUCCACAUCAGAAGGCUACCAGCAGAUCAUUAAAGCUAUGGAUGUCUUCAAUGAAUGGUCGAAAAUCGUAUCAUCAACAAAGAAGAACAUAUCGGAUAAAGAAUUGAUGGUCCUUUACUGUCGAAAUGGUGAACAUCUAGGCGAACAGUGUUGCCAAACGAUAAAACUGGCUCGAUGUCUCGAUGUCGUUGGCGGAGCAUCAAAAAGUGCGUUAGUACACAUCGUACUAAUGCAUUUAGGACCUUUUGCAUGGAAGCACAAGAUGAUUGGAGCUCUGGCAGAAGAAGGCAUUGAAGCUGUUCAUUGCAGAUUUGCUGAAGAAAUGAAGAGACAUGGUUACAACAAGGUGGGAAAAGUUCAGAACAGCUUAAAAUGGAAAGCGAUUGACACUUUGAUGUUUGACAAAGGCUAUAUUUAA